ACUUUGGAUCAUCAUACGACAACUUGAGACAUUAUGUAAUGACACCUCUGUGAUAAAGUAAAACUUUUAAAAAUCUGACUAAACAGUUUUGAAGUAAAAUAACAAAAUACUGGAGAAAAAAAUGGCAUCUAAUGUGGAAAAUGUUAGUGCAUCACAGCUGCGGGUUUCUAGUGAAAUGCAAGAAAUGUUUUGUGAGGAAUGUGAACAGUAUUCUACAGAAUAUAAACCUGCUGAAGGAUACUGUGUAGACUGCUGUAUGUACCUAUGUGAAGUGAGCCUUUUGUACCACAAAGGACAGCAACAUAACAUCCAGGAUAAAUACACAAUGCCUCAAGAUUCCUGUUCUGAGAAGUGUUCGGCUCAUUCAAAUAAACGUAUUAAGUUUUACUGUGAGAACUGUGAAGAAAUUGCUUGCUCCGAAUGUAAGAAAACGCACCAUCAAAAUUGUCUAGAUGUCAGUGAUUUGGCAGCAGUUGUCAAAGGGGAUGAACAAGCUAAGGAACUGGAAGACCUGUUAGAAGACAUGGGUGAGCUGUCAGAAGACUUAGAAAAUACCAAGAAGGAGAUCAAAUCAAAUGUCGAAUACAUUGCUUCACAAGAAACCAUCGAAAAGUUAAAAAUAAGCAACCAGAAUGCCAAACGUGUAGCUGAUUACAGUAAACUGCAGGAAGAAAUAAUUGAAAACUUUGAUAAGCAGAUGGAAGAAACCACUGCUAACAUGAAAAGAGAAAGGCAGAAGCUUGUGGAAAAAUUAUCCGAAGAGAUGAGAAAGUUUCAGGAAAAACUUGAUAAUGCAGAGAAAGAUCUUACAAAAGCCUGCAAAAGUUUAACGACUAGUGACCAGACAAAUCUGGAUUCAUUGAUGGAGAAAACAUUGACUAUAAUAGAUGAACUAAAAAUAUCAUCGGCUAAUCUCAAAGGAGAAGAGAAUUCAGGAAAGAAGUGUCAUUUAUUUAUCGCAAUUAAAAAUGCAAAACACAAAACAAGAAAUCUGAGAAAUAGCCUAAGUGAGAUAAAAAAGGAAAACAGAAUAAAAUACAACAGCACUGAACAGCCACAAACAAAUCAAACCAACCAGACUCCUGAAAGCAAUACCAGCCAUUUCUCCUAUGAGGAAACACCAGAACCAAGAAAAGAAACAACUGCAGCAUUUUAUUCCAGCAUAGAAACACAUUAUUCAGGCUUCCAAACUUCAUGUCUUUUGUCUGUGAACACACUGACUGUUGCAUAUUCUGAAGCCAAUUCCCUUCUUCUAGUGCAAGACAUUAUGCAAAAAAAGCCUGCAUUCCAAACGAUUUACAUGUUCUCCAAGUUAUGGGCCAUCACUAAAGUAAAAGACAAUAAAGUUGCUGUUACGCUGCCUAAUGAAGGCACUAUCAGGUUGAUAACAUUUUCUAAUUCUAUGACAGUAACAAAUUCUGACGAUAUAAAAGUGAAAGGAAGGUGUUAUGGAAUUUCCUGCAGUAAUGACUAUCUAAUAGUCUCCACUGUCUCCCACUUUUUCCACUCUGGAAAAGUUCAGAUACUUGACAUGUCUGGAAAUGUACUUAAAGUUCUUGAUAAAGACUGUAAUAAUAAGGCUCUCUUUAGCAAUCCUUUGUACUUGGCACUCAGCCCAGACAACGAAACAAUAUAUGUGUCCGACUGGGAUAAAAACACUGUGACAUGUUUGACCUUUGAUGGCAAGAUCAAGGCUAUCUACAAGGACAAUCAGCUGUUGGGACCAUGUCAACUAACAACGGAUGAAUUAGGGUCUGUGUAUGUGUGUGGGCGGCUGUCAAACAAUGUCCACCAAUUAUCACCAUUACUUAACAAAGUGAAGAUAUUACUGGACGGAUCGGAAGAACUAGCCUAUCCAGUAAGUGUAUCACACUGUAUGAACAAGAACAGACUGUAUUUGGGGAUGUGGUCUAACAACAUUAAAGUUUUUAAUUUAUCACAGGUGUAAAGUGAAUAAAGUACUGCCAAGCAAUACAGAGUCCCCUACUGGAGGAGACUAAUUAUCUCGACUAUAACCAGCCUAAUGAUCUGAUAUUUGCCAAUGAUGUAUAUUUAGAAUAUUAUGUCAUAUAUACAAUAAAAAUGCAAAAUGUUUGGACUUGAACUUGCAUGUCUGAAAAUCUAUAAUUAUUGUUAGUUUGUCUUUAACAUCUAUUAACAUUCUUAGUAACAUUUCAUUUUAAAAUUGGUAGGAAAAAAAAGAAAAGUGAAAUGAAAUACAUAAAUGUAUUAAGGUGGAAUAAUUUCAAACAAACUUUUACAGAUUUUGGACAUGAAAAAUCAUCAAAGUCUCUGACUUCUAUGUGUGACCUUGAAUGUAUUAAUAGCAUGCAGUUAACAGCGUGCAGUUAACCUAACAAAUGUUUCUGGAUUCUGUACCAGUACAAACCUGUUCUCUGCAACUUCCCCACAUGUAUCAGAAGUGAAGGACGAAUGAUUUCAGACACAAUGUCUUUUUAUGAUAUCGUCACAGAGAACACAUAUCUUGCCUUGGUGUUGAACUCAUACCCCUCGAUCCGUAGAUCUGCACUCCCUACUGUGCUAAGUGGUUGGGCUCCUCCAAGAGUCACCUUGACCUUUGACCUAGGGGUCUGGGAGUCGUGAAUGACACAUCAAUUAAAUAUUGGGAUAAUUUGUGCUAUUAAGUAAUAUUAAAAUCCCAUGAUGGAUAGCACAGCUAUGGAGCUGACACAAUAUAGACACUGUUAGCAUGACCCCCAAGACUAAG